AUGAAGACUUUUGCUCUCCUCAUCCUUUGUGCUGCAGUGUCUGUCUGUCUGUCCACUGGAGGGACUACAGGCACUUCCUCUGCCUCCUCUGUCAGUGCUGCUGACUCCCCCAGCAAUGAGGAGGUGUUUGUGAAGAGGGAUCUGGCCUCCACGCUCAUGAAACAGAGGCAGAAGAGGGCUGGCAAUACCGCGGCUGCCGCCGCCCCUGCCAGUGGUGGCCUGUCACUCACCCAGCUGGAGAGCCUGAGAGAGGUCUGUGAGGUCAAUAUGGCUUGCGAGCACAUGGCUGAGACUGCUGGCAUCAUUGCCGCCUACACUGCAUACUAUGGACCAGUCCCCUUCUAG